GCUGGAAGUGACGUCCGCGGGGCGGGGCGGGCGGGGAGAGGAAGUGCCCGUCAGGUUCGGCGGCGGCAGAUUCGGUCUGCGCCCGCCGCGUCCGGGAGCGGCCGCGGGGCCCGGCGCUGUGCCGGGGAACGGCGGUGCUUCCGGCACACCGCCAGGGAACGGCAGGGAGCGGCGCUCCCGCUGCUCGGAUUUAUUUCAUAAUCUGAAAGAAGAAUAGCAUUUGGAAUAAUGGCAACAGGAGACCUAAAUGGAAGUUUAAGAAAAAUUGAACAAGGACUUCGCUUGUUAAAUUAUCCAAGAGAUGUGGAUUAUACAGUGUUAGUAAAGGGUGAUCCAGCUGCAUUUUUACCUAUCAUCAGCUAUUGUUUUACAUCUUUUUCAACUUGCAUAGCAGAGCUUUUGGUAAAGUGUGAUGUGGAACUGACAGCCAAGAGUGACUUGCGUUUUAUUGAAGCUGUUUAUAAGUUUCUUCGAGAUCAAUUUCAGUAUAAACCAAUUUUAACUAAAGAGCAGUUUCUUCAGGUUGGCUUUGCAGAAAGAAAAAUGCAAAUUGUUUGUGACAUUAUCAACUGUGUGGUGAAGAAACAUAAGGAGUUGAGUAACUCUAGUAAGGUUAAAUCCCAAACAAGAAAAAAAAUCAGACCUUUUAAAUUUGAAGUAUGGUCAAAUUGUGGUAAAGGUCUUGCUGAUCCAAGUCGCAGUGCUCUGAAUUCUAAACAGAAGCCUCUAGUUGAACGGCACUCAGGAAAUGAAGUUAAUGGUGAUCUUCAUCUACUGCCCCUGCCAGCACAGGGAGGGGCUGAGGAAGAAUUGUGCCCAGAUCAUGGUAUUGUGGAAGUUAAAUGUGAACAAGUCAUAGAAGAAAAUUCAAAAAUUGAGUUUUUAGAGAAUCAGCUUGCUGAUUUCCAGGAAAAGCUUAAUAAGCUAGAUUGGAUGGAAGAUAAGCUACAAGUUUUAGAAGAGAAACUGCAAGGAAAGGUGAUCAUAGACGAGAAGGACUGGAAUAACUUAUUGAAUCGAGUUUUGCUUCUUGAAACAGAACUGUUGUUACAAUCCAGAAAGAGAGACUUACCUAAAGAGUUCAGCAAUAUAAAUCAAAAAAGAACUUCUAGUAGCAUUCCAGUUUCUCUUGAUACAGAGAGGAAUGAGGAGAUGCCAGAGAGUCAUCUUCAGUCGUCUGGAUGCAGUUCACUGUUAUCCACAGACCAAUCUCCCAGAGACAUGACCAUUAAUUCUCAUGAUCUGACAGACAUUUCAAAGGAGACAAUAACACAAAGAAUGGAAAAGAUAAGUAAAAUAAUUGAAGAAACCUUCAACUUGUUCAAAUCACCAAGUCCACCUCUGGGAAUACCUGCAAGCACAAGUCUUCAGACCUGUUCUCUGCAGACUUACGGAUACCAGAAAUAAUCUGUCUGUUUGUACAGUGUUAAAUUUUUAAUAUAUCGAAUUUGUAAUGAUCACCAGUGCUUUUUUUGCUUUGAAUAUUUUACUCAUGCAUCUGUGUAUUGAUUUCCCUCCCCACAACCACAAUUUUUGGUUUUAAAGACUGUUCAAAUAGCUUCUUCCCCUCUCCUUGCACUUUUGUAAAUUGAAAUCAUUACAGCAGUGUAUUCUUGUGUUGACAUUUGUUAGCAGUGUGCUAAGUAAUAUGUUUUUUAAAGUGUGGGCUUGAGGACUGCGGUUUACAUCCUGUUGGAAACAUUCCAGCUGGAACUUGCAUAUUACACCCAAGAGGCAUUCUUACAUACCAUCUUACCAUCUGUACUGUUGAAUAAGUCUUAAUAAAAAACUUACAUCCAGUUUCAAAUAUGUA